UGUGUGGAUCUACCUGCUGUCACUGAGAAGGACAAGGCGGAUCUUCUGUUUGGUGUGAAGCAGAAUGUGGACAUCAUUUUUGCUUCUUUCAUACGAAGCGCUCAAGGAAUUCAUGAAAUUAGGCAGAUUCUUGGCGAGGAGGGCAAACACAUUAAAAUCAUUGCCAAAAUUGAAAACGAAGAAGCUGUAAGGAACGCAGAUGAGAUCGUGGAAGCAGCUGAUGGAAUAAUGGUGGCGCGAGGCGAUCUCGGCAUCGAAAUCGCACCAGAGAAGGUCUUCCUAGCACAAAAAAUGCUCACUGCGAAGUGCAAUUUAGCAGGGAAACCGGUGAUCUGUGCCACACAGAUGCUAGAAAGCAUGAUUACAAAGCCGAGACCGACAAGGGCAGAGUGCAGUGAUGUAGCAAAUGCUGUUUUGGAUGGCGCAGACUGUGUAAUGUUGUCUGGGGAAACCGCUAAGGGAAAAUACCCUGUGGAAGCACUUCAACUGAUGCAUCUGAUCUGCAAAGAAGCUGAAAGCGCUUUCUAUUACGAAAGAUACUAUGAGGAGAUUAUGUUCAACACCCCGAAGCCAACAGACAUUACUCACACAACAGCCAUCGGUGCCGUCUCAGCAGCGAUCUCAUGUAAAGCUAGUGCAAUCGUGUUGGUCACAACGUCUGGAAAGUAAGU